UGAUGAUGGUACUUGAGAAUGUUAAGAUGGUCACUCUGAUUGGAAUCUUCAGCUUAAUAUAUGAAAUGACAGUUCCGGUCUUGAACAAUCUGAGACCUCAUUCUAUCCUUACCUGGUAGUACAGCAGCUGUUGAGAGGGCAUUUAGCAAACUAAAGCUUCUUAAAACUUCUGCGAGAUCCAGACUCACAAACAAGACAUUGAAUUGUCUCAUGACAGUAGAAUUUGAGUCCCCAUCAAUCACUGAGUUCUCUCCUGAUGAGGCAGUAGAUCUAUGGUACAACAAACAAAACAGGAGGCCAAGUUAUGACAGACAGAAGCAUCCCAGGCCCCAUACAUCUGUUGCUGAAGCUGUUGAUCCAGAAGAUGCUACCUCACAGGUCCAUGUAGAUCCAGAUCCAGAACCAGAAAUAGAUAACCAGCAACAGCCACAGAACUUAGAAGCACCAACACCAGCACCUGAGGUUGAUCAAAUGGAUUAUGAAGCUGCAGGUCCCACUGAACAGGACAGUCUAGACUCAGACUUUUCAGACAAUGAGGAGGUAGUUGACAGACUGAUCGAAAAAUAUCAAUAAUUUCAGAAUUUUUGUUGUAACAGAUAGCAAAAAAGAUAGCUUAACAGUAUAACUGGUUUCAAGCAAA